UCCAAGUAGGUGUAAAUAGGAAACGGAAAACAAUAGAGGUAAAAUGUUUUGAAGUUGAGCUACAUUUGAAAUUCAUACUUGUAUCUCCGACUCUCUUUCUCCCCCUCCUUUCUCCUCCUGAAACCUGCUGCCGGCAACCCAGCGAAGCUGCUUCCCUGUAGAUUCUCCAUUCUCCAUGACAGAAUGGCAGCAGAACUAAGAAAGAUUUCUAAGAUUUCCAAUUGACUAAAUUCCUGGAAUGCUUGUGUUUUAUCACCACGAUCAAGCCGAAUCAAACGCAGGAUUUGAAAACCACUGCGUUUAAAGCGCAUCAAACCCAAGAUCAGCAAACCACUGCAUCUGCGCUUCUGCGGUUGGCAUUUGGACUGUGGUGCUGGUAACAAUGGAUCCAGUCAACGGCAAUAAUCUCAGUAACAACCAUAGUAUGUCUUCGAAGCAGCGACUCCGUUGGACCAAUGAACUUCAUGAACGUUUUGUUGAUGCCGUAGCACAACUUGGUGGGCCAGAUCGUGCUACACCCAAAGGUGUCCUUAGGGUUAUGGGGGUACAGGGCUUGACAAUAUACCAUGUGAAAAGCCAUUUACAGAAAUAUCGUCUUGCUAAGUACCUUCCCGAUUCCUUAUCCGAGGGGGAAAAAACAGACAAGAAGGAAUCUGCAGAUUUGCUUUAUGGUUUGGAAAGUUCAUCUGGUAUGCAAAUUACUGAGGCACUAAAGUUGCAGAUGGAGGUGCAGAAGCGAUUGCAUGAGCAAUUGGAGGUGCAAAGACAGCUGCAAUUGCGAAUAGAAGCACAAGGUAAAUACUUGAAGAAAAUAAUAGAGGAGCAGCAGCGCCUCAGUGGAACUCUUGCUAAAAUGCCUGGCUCUGGAGAUUCUGGGUCAGGCUCAUUAAUGUGCCCUGAGCCUACAAAGAGUGACCCAGCAACUCCUGCUCCUACAUCAGAAUCACCCUUAGGCAAAAACAGCAGAGAAUGUGCAGUUUCGAAGAACCCAUCUUUAGAUGACGAGUCUUUCUCAUCUCAACACGAGCCAUUGACUCCUGACUCUAUUUGCCUUGAUGCUACCACAUGUGAAAAUCUUAUAGAAGAGACAGUAAGGAAUCCAUGUUUGACCAAUGAUGAAGCAUUUUCAAACCAAUAUUCAUCCAGUGAAUACUAGAGUCUCUUCAACAAAAGCACCAUGGUUAUGCCGGAGAUUUGAUUUGUUUGCAUUAAUCAGAAAAACUAUGAAGUAUCUCACUUGCUACAGGUCUUCAUUAGCAAGUAAUUCCUUGUACUAAGUUUCCAAGGGAACACAUCUUCUCUGUUAAUCCUGUAACUGUUUUGGGCUUCUAUUACUAAUUUAAUCAGGCUUCAGGAAUAGUUGCUAGAUUAUUGCAGUACAAGUUCGAGCGAUUCACCUCUGGUGCUGGCCUGGGCACUGUGAAUGUUUUUCAUUCCGAGCUUAUUUCUGUUGUUGUCGAUGUUAUAAGCAUCAAUUACCUAAGUCCAAAUCAUUUGUUGCUCAUUCCUUUUGGAAAUGUUGAGCAUGUCCUGUGCAUUUAACUGCUUAUCAUGUUGAGCAUGUCUCUUGCUUCUUGUUAAUUCAUUUAUUUACCAAA